UUCAUUUCAUUUUGAAUUUAAUAUAUAUAUAUAUAAAAUUAAUGGAGGAAGCAAGAUAUUGGAUGUGGGCUGGUAAGAGUAAACCCGAUUUAGAUCCUCAUCUUCUUGCUGCUACAGCAGCCAUGAAUUCUUCUUACAACGAAUCUUGGGAAGAGCAGGCUUUUGCAGAAGAUGCCGCCGGAGUACUCGGAGGGUGUGUUUGGCCGCCAAGAUCUUACUCUUGCAGCUUUUGCCGGAGAGAAUUCCGCUCGGCUCAAGCUCUCGGCGGCCAUAUGAAUGUUCACCGGAGAGAUAGGGCUAGGCUGAAGCAAUCUCCGGCGGUUCUUCCUUCCUCAGCUGAUCAAGUCAUUAUUCUGCCGCCACAUAUUAACAACGCCGCCGUAGUUAACUAUCCUGCAUCUCUUGAUGCUCCACCGCCGCCGCCGUACAGUUAUUACAACUCUUCCUCCCAUGAGAAUAUAUGUUCUUUCUUGUACAGCAACCCUAACCCUGAAUUUUCACCAACCUCACAUACUAGGGUUUCACAUCCUGCAAAAGUUAUUGAUGCUGACGACACCAUGACGUCAUCACCACCACCACCACCAAACCCUUGUUUCUUGUCGUCGUCCAGUAGUCUUGUUGUUCGGAAAAACGAUAGAGAGAUUUAUAACAUGGUUCCGUCGUCGCUGCAUAGUAUUCCUCGGUCGUGGUCGAGCUUUAUCGCUGAGAAAAGAGACGGUGCAGUACUUUCGGAUUCGAUCAAGAACGACGGAGAGAAGAAAUCGACGGCUGGUGUUGAUCAUCAUCAGCAAGAUUUAUCUAGGGCGGCUGAAAAAGCAGCAGCCGAAGAUUGUGUUACCGAUGAUUUGUCAACAAGCUUGAAUUUGGUCGUUCGUCGAACACAAACAAACACAUCGAGCGACGAGGAAGUAGCUAGUUUCAAGAGGAGGAAAAUCGAAUCGACAAAACCUGAUAAAUCUGAGGUUUUCAAAUUCAGUUCGGGUUCCGUCGAAGACGAGCUCGAUCUUGAGCUAAGGCUUGGGAAUAUUCUUCAAAGGUGA